UGAGGCAUUGGCUCCUCAAAGGAAGAGAGGAAGGCCACUUGGUUCGAUUGACACUCAUCCAAGGAAGAAAAGGACGAGUGCGGCACAAACUAAUCCGUUACACAUCGAUGUUGAACAUCCAUCCCAUGAGAUUAUCUCUGAUUAUAGUUAUGUCCAUGAAUCAUUACUGGAGGACGCUCCGAUGUUUGAUAUGAUUCAAGAGAAUAAAGAAAUNUUCCUUGGCAAAAAGACAGCGAUCGAAGUAAGGAUCGGUAUUCUUUUCUUCGUUCAAGAUUUUUAUUCACAGGGUUUUGACACUUGACGAGAUUUUGACAAGAGAUCAAGAUUCUACAAUUCUACCUACAGCUCAGCACAAGGGGGAGUGUUGAAGGAAUUUGUUUAUUAGUGUGCUGUUGUGUAGAAAAAAUUUACUUUAUAUUGUGAAAUCUCUUGGAGAAGAAAGCUCCAGCUCUACAAAAGUGAAAGCUGAACAAACUUAGAGUUCCCCGGGCUAGUGUGAAUCUGACGAUCCAGCGAGUGUAGCGGCGAUCUUUCUCUGCAUUCAUAUCGUCAAAAGGCUGGAGGGUUAAGUGUUCUGCAUUUCCUUGUUAUUCAUCCACGGAGGAGAAAAAUGGAACCCGACACUCCUCUUGAUUGUGUGUUGCUCCAACUGUCACCAAAGCGUACGCGAUGUGACUUGUUUGUGAGCACAAAUGGAAAGACAGAGAAGCUAGCUUCAGGGGUUUUCAAGUCAUUUGUGACAUAUUUAAAAGUCGCAGAAAAACAAGUUGCCUCAGCAAUGCAGUCUAUUAAGCUUGACGUUGGAGGGCUUAAAGAUGCUCACUUAUGGUUCCGAAAGGGGACACUUGAAAGGUUUGUACGAUUUGUUAGCACCCCAGAGGUUUUGGAGGUUGUAAAUAACUUUGAUGCUGAAAUGUCACAACUUGAAUCAGCUCGGAGAAUAUACUCGCAGGGAAUGAAUGGCAAGCUUUCUGGUUUGGGUGAGGAUGGUUCUGGAGGCACUGCAGCAGCUGAUGCAACAAAGAGGGAGCUAUUGCAAGCCAUUGAUGUGCGGCUUACUGCAGUUCAACAGGACCUGAUGACAGCGUGCUCUCAUGCGUUCGCAGCUGGUUUCGACAUGGACACCGUUUUAGAACUUAAAUUGUUUGCUAAUCAGUUUGGCACCAGUCAGUUGAAUGAAGCUUGCUCCAAAUUCAUAUCGUUGUGUGAGAGACGGUGGGAAAUAAUCAACCAAUGGAAAGUGGGAGCAGACGAUCGGGUUGUACGAUCCUCAUGCGGUUCGGACAUGUCCAUAGAUGAUGACCUGGUUUCCCAAAACACUCAAGCCAUCAGAUCCCACUCUACCUGCCAAGAUUCUGACCCCAUUCCGAUGCAACAUCUUCGUCAACCAGAGGAGAAGAGAAAAGAUGAUAAUGCUUUACCCACCGAGUCGACUCACACGAGUCAGCCCAUGAGGCGGCUCAGUGUUCAAGAGCGUAUCAACAUGUUCGAGAGCAAGCAGAAGGAAAAUGUGGUGAAGAAGCCAGUUGUUGUGGUAAAAUCUGAUAGUCGGAGACUCUCAACUGAUGUCGUAUCGCCUGCCCAGCCCCGAGUUGAGAAGAAGGCUGUGUUAAGGAGAUGGAGUGGGGUCAGUGACAUGAGCAUUGAUUUGAGCGGUGAAAGGGAAAUUGGUGAGAGUCCACUGUGCACCCCAUCUUCUGCCUCUGUUUCUCAGUCCAAAUCUGAAGGUUAUGGGCAAUCAGGUUCGACUGAUAUGGCUGCAAGUUCAAGUAACAAGGAACAGCAUUCUAAACUCAGUAAUAUUAAUACAAAGUUUUCCAGCUACGUUGAAAGUGAUGGUUUGAAGCAUCAUCUAACUGGUGACAACUGUUCGAAAGAAGCAAUGAAACCGGGGCUGUUUAGCACUUUGCCUUUGGACAAAACAAGUAAGGAUGAGAACUCGUCAUCAAGAGAGCAGUUUGGAUCCUAUGCCAGGGAGAAUAGCAGCAUUAUUGGGCUCUCUGGUGAUAAAAAUUGCUCUGCACUUAUUAAUAAAUGCCAAAAAGAAAGAACCCAAUUAGAUGAUUCAUCAUCUUUGCAUUUACCGUCCAUGGCCAAUCAAAGAACUAUAGAGGUCUCUGGGUUGUCAGAAAGUGGCUCUAUUACAAGGGAUAAAACAGAAACUAUGUUGGCUCCUUGCAAUGAAGGGAUUGAACAUGGUGUUUUUUCACGUACUCAGCCCUUGUGUAAGUCGUCAGGGGAAUUUGAGAAAGUGGGUGGUAGUUCAUCAACAUUUGGUGAUACAGAAUACCCAAUGAUGAAGUUUAAGAAGCAAGCAGAUGUCACAAAACAGGCCACUUCUGUUUUUAGAAGUGAGGAAACAGCCUUCUCUGCCAAACAUGGCAAGGAGGCUCAGGAGGGCUAUGGUUCAAUUUCUGAACUCCCAAAAGAGCUGGCUCAGAAGUUACAUCAAUCAAAAGGAAACCACCAGGAACUCAACGAUGAGUUGAAGCUCAAAGCAAAUGAGCUUGAGAAACUAUUUGCUGAGCAUAAGCAGCGUGUUCCCGUAGAUCAUCAGUUAAAUUUUUAUAGGAGAAACAGGGCUGCAGAGAUUCAAAACCAGUCACACUCAAGUAGGAAUACUGUAAUUGAUAAUGCUUCGAUCAUCUUUCCAGAUAAAUCCAUGUUGGAUGAACCUGCUAGGAGUUCAAGUGACUUGGGCAGAUCUGAGAUUUCUCCUGUUAUGAAAAUAUCUGACAAACAUCCUCACAUGGAUGGUCUAAAUGAGAACUUCUCUGAACAUAGUUUUUCAGAAAGUUCUAGAGGAAAAUUCUACGAGCGAUAUACACAAGUAAGGGAUGCAAAAUUAAGGCAAGAGUGGAAUUUGAAGGGAGCUGAGAAGGAAGCCAGGCUAAAUGCAAUGCAGAAAAUCUUUGAAAAGAGUAGAGUAGAGAUGAGAGCUAAGUUUUCGGGAUCCGCAUAUAAAGAUGAUUCAGUUUCCAGUAUCCGCAGACGGACUGAAAGACUCAGGUCAUUUAAUAGCAGGGCAUUAAUGCAGAGAGAGAAGCAAAGUGAAAGUGAAGGUGUGAAAAAAUAUCCCGAUGCGAAGCAGUACGUGGAAGAAAGUUACUUCAAUGCAAGACAUGAUUUUUCUUUUGAAGAUGCUUGUAGGAGUGCUCAAGCUAAGAAACUAUUACCUUCUAAAAGUUCAUCUUCGUUAUCAUCUCCUCGCAUCUCAGCAGCAACUGUUCCGGCAAGGUCUUCCGUAAAGACUACUAAUAGCAACCUGGGUAGGAGAAAAUCUAACUCUGAAAAUCCUCUUGCACAGUCUGUCCCAAAUUUCUCACCAGACAUGAGAAAAGAGAAUGCAAAACCUUCAUCUACAUCUACUAAAGCAACACGUUUACAUUCUAGAAGUUCUUCUCAUGGCAGAAGCACUAGAGAAGAGGUAUUCAUCAAAGAAGAUAAAUCUCGACGAUCAAAACCUUUAAGAAAAAACUCUGCAAAUGUGGGGGAUUGCAAAGAGGCAGAUUUUUUGAAUUCUGAAGAUGUUGUUCUGACACCAUUAAAGGACCACAAAGAUAGAGUCAAUAAUAAAUAUACAAAGAAGCUGGACUCAAAACCUUUCCAUAAGAAGAGUAAAAGCACAGAUAUUAGUUCAAGAGUCAAUUUUUCGAUGCAGAAAGACUCUAUCGCACCUGAGACCUUCAACAGCGAUGAAGAAGAGUAUGAAGAUGCGAUCUUUGAACCCGAGGAUCCAAUAAUCAAUGCAGUCAGGCAUGAAGGAGGCGAUGAAGAAUUAGAAAAUGUGGGUUUGAGACAGAGUUGUCAUGAAUCUGAGGUUUCAACAGAUUUUGGGUCUGAAAAUGGUGAUCUCGUGAGAUCUUUUGCUCAUAUUGACCCUUAUAUGGUAGCUGAAUUGGCUACUAUUGCUCCAUCUAAACUAAACUCUACUGAACACGUGGAAAAUUCACCAGGAGAAAGUCCAGUGUCUUGGAACUCGCAUUCUUAUCCUCAUGAAUUGCCAGAUAUUGAUGGCUCUGUGGAUUGUUCCUCAGUGGGAAGUCCAACCUCAUGGAAAUCUCAGUCAUUAAGCCAACCAGAGGUUGAUGAUGCUUCUAGAACUAGGAGGAAAAAGUGGGGAAGUGCUCAGAAACCCAUACUGGCUGUUAGUUCUUCCCAGAGUCAGUCAUGCAAGGAUGUGACCCGGGGGUUUAAGAGACUACUAAAAUUUGGAAGGAAACCCCGUGGGAUGGAAAGCUUGGUUGACAAGUUUUCUGCCACUACAUCUGAAGGUGAUGAUGAUACUGAAGAUGGACGAGAUCCUUCCAAUCAUUCAUGUGAUGACUUGCGGAAAUCCAGAAUGGGCUUUUCUCGAGGGCAUCCUUCUGAUGAUAAUUUCAUUGAACACGAGUGUUUAGGCGGAGAAGGUCAAUCCUUGCAGAGUGCUAUUCCAGCCCCUCCUGCUAACUUCAAGCUGACAGAUGAUCAUUUAUCCGGGAGCUCACUAAAAGCUCCGAAGUCAUUUUUUUCAUUGCCAACCUUUCGUAGCAACAAGGGAAGCGACUCCAAGAUUAGAUGAAUUUCUAGGCUAAUGCUUGGGGUACGUUUGUUUUUUAAUAGCACGUAAAGAUGGUAGAGAUGGAUGUGAUGCCAAUUGGUUGUGAGUAUCCUAUAGUAUUUGUUGUCUACAAUGUGUGAAGUCAUGUUU